UUCGUGACCAUCUUUCGUCUCCACCGAUUCGUCACCACGUAGUUAGCAAUUGCGCGCCGCACUUGUCGCCUCGAACUACAGUUUCCGCCCACAACCACAACAUCCCGAAUGCUGCGAUUUGCAUUAACGUUGUCUUGACGCGACCAACGCUUAGCCCCGAUCCAGCUGCUGUCUGGGGUGCCUUCAAUAUUGGUCCCGCUAAUCAAAACACGGCGACCGACGAACGCCGCCAAGAAUAAACCGAGAGCGACACGAGAUGGAGGCAUUACUGGGAGCUGACAAGUCCAACUACUCGUGCGGCUCCGUCGCCGACCUCCAGGCCCAGCUGCGCGAUCUUCUCGGCUCGAAGGUGACAGGCACGCGCGCCGAGCACAUCGCCGUCACCUUGAAACUGCGGGCAACCACCGUCUUCGAUGUCCCCGUCACCGAAACCGAGAACGAGGUGCUCGAGAGCGCCGCUAACAUUGACCCGCUGCUUGGAGGCGCCCGGUCGAACGUUGCGUCCGCUUCGGACGCGGCUGACGGCCCGCCGACGCGCAAGAUCAAUGCCAUCGACACCCUUUUAAACCAACCCUCCGACGACCACUUGCUGCAAAAAUCCGUCGCAAAGCACGUCGUUGCGUCGCUGAGCGAGGUCGAUGGGAGCAACUGGACGGUGCGCGAGGUGUCGAGAAACGAUCAGAGCUGGACCUUUACGUACAUCUGCAAAGACUCGUGGCAGGCAUGGAGCCGCCAGAACUCAAAGAAUCUUGCGCGAACCGUUAUUGGCGAAUGGACCUAUAAGGAGGGAGACUUCAACUUGGGCCGUCCGGCUUUCGAUUGCCGAGGCUCCUUGACGAUUGCCUUUGUCAGGUCAACCAGGUCCAUCGACGUGAAAUAUGAUCACACGCCGAUUCAUAAGACGGUCAGUCAGUUGAUAGAGCUUCUCGUGCCGCCGCCACCUGAGGCACCUCCUCUUGUCCUGAACAGGAAGGCACCGAAGGAACCAAAACCGCCCAAGCCACCGAGGCCAGCCAGAGCCCUUAAGCCGCCCAAGGAACUAAGAGCACCUAAGGGGCUAAAGGCACCGAGGCCCCCAAAACCGCCAAGAGAUCCAAACUCUCCCAAGACACUGAGAUCUGGAAGAAAGCGGCGAGCUGAGGGGAAUGGGGUCCCGGGAGGCGAGAGCUCACAGCCGAAAAAGCAGCGCAAAAGAAGGACCCGGCAGCCGCUAUUGCUGCAGACGGAACAGUGAUGCCUUCAGAGAUGCCUAGCGCCUUGCCCGUGGGGCAAUUAUCAGAGCACCAACUUUACAACAACGGUCAAUCCCAGGACAUGGGUACCGGACUGG